GGCAUGGAGCGGCUGUUCGCGCUGGAACUGCUGGUGGAGGCGCUGCGGGUGGCGGAGCCCCAGGGGCCCGUGGAGCUCCCGGGGCCCGCAGAACACCCGGCCGUGGCGCUGCGCCUCUUGGACUUCCCCACCCUCGUGCUACGCCCCGCCGCCGCCGCGCCGCCCCUGCGGCCAGGGAAGCCCUUCCCCUUCGGCCGCGGCAAGCGCUGCCUGUUCCGCUGGCGACAGGACGCGCUUUUCGCCGCGCUCCGCCGCCGCCCGCUCCGCGCCCUGCUCCUAGCGCUGCCCGCCGGGCUCGCCCCGGGACCGCCCCGCCUCCUGGGCAGCUGCACCGUGUCCUUGGCCCCCGCCGCCGAGCUGCUGCAGCGGCCCGGGGCGCCCUCCUCCUGCGGCCGCCGCGGCCGCUUCGCGCUGCGGGACAGCGCGGGCCGGCCCGUCGGGGAGCUGGUCCUGCGCUACCGCCUCAGCAGCCUGGAGGCCGGUGGGGCGCGUCCCGCCAGCCCCCGCACUGCCACACCGCCUGCCACCACCCCGGAACCGCGAGACGAGGAGGAGGAGAAGGAGGAGGAGGAGAAGGAAGAGGAGGAGGAGGAGGAGGGUGAGCAGCUGGAAGGCAACGUCUUUUGCCCUCCGCUGCUCUAUUACAGCCGUGAGCCGGCUGAGCAUCAGCGGCCGCCAGCAGCAGUAAGGCAGUGGGAGCAUGUCGAGCCGCAGAGACCGCAGGAGAAGGACAAGGGCCACAGCCCACCGCGUCCCAGUGCUGGGCCCUCGCUGCUGCACCCCGCCACCCCUCGAGAGCCCCAGCACGCCCUGGUGCAGCUGCCACUGCUCAGUGCCUUGCUGGCAGAGCUGUCGGUGCUCACCCGCAGCGCUGUGCCUGCUCCUGCUGUCCACCCCCAUCUUGCCUGGCUCUACCAGCCCCCAGGGAGUGGGGACGCGGCCUCACAGCCUCCCAGUCACUCUGCUGCCCUGAGGCCUGCAGAGACACCUGUGGGGCCUAGCAGGAGCAGUGAAGUCCCGAGCCCUCCGUUCAAACAAGGCAGUCAAAAGGCCACCUCCCCAGAGUCUUCUGGGGUUGGGAGACGACCCAAGAAAGCUGUACCUGAGGAACAGGCAGCCUGUGAAAGGAGCUGCAAAGCUAAGGAGAACAGACCUCCCAGAAAGAAAUUGUUGUAUGGGCUGACAAAUACGCUGAGGCUACGGCUACAGAAGACCAACCCGGAUAAGCUGAUAAUUCAUGAAAGAAGGGAGCAGUACAGAAAAAAGCAAAUGGAGAUGCUGAACGGGAGAAGCCCCUUACCCAAGAGAAAACUGGUCAGAAAUACUGAAGAACAGCAUGUGGUGUCUUGCAGGCAUUGUAGCACAGGAGGCAGUUCAAAGCGGAAUAAUCAGUUGGAUAAAAUUGUUCAAACUUCAUUAGAAAACAGUGCUCUCUCAGAGUCAAUUUCUGUGACAGGAGAUAAAUCCCCUGGCCUGCAGAAACAGUCUAUUGCAAGUCUAUCCAAGAACAAUUCAAUAAUUACAGCCCCCUUACCAGAGGAAACUCUGUUAAAAUCUGCUCAUGAGGAAAAGUAUGCAAAAGCUCAACUCCCAGCAGCAUUCCCAUCAGAUGCUAAUGCAAAAGGAAGUUACAACGAUGCAAUAAACUUAAUCCAUCAUAAAACCAUGGAGCAUGAUGAUGUAUCUGUUGUGAGUGGUCAUAAACUGAGCCCCAGCAGGAGUGUUGAAAACAACUCUGAAUUCAUAUAUUCUGAUGACUUUGUUGCUAGUCCAGAGAACACAGUUUGUUCAGAAGAUUUCACCAAUGCUGAGAGUACAGGUAGAGACUCCAAAGUUUGUGACAGCAGUCCUGAGCCUCUGUGGCUUGAAAGACCAAAGCAAGAUAGGUCAGAUACAGAGUCAGAAUCCAGAAGAUCCCGAAUUUCAAAGACAAGUCAAAGAGCUCAGAGUACUUCAGAUCUUGUGCCAGUUCCUUCCGCCUCAUCUCCAGUCCAGUCUUUGAGGAGAAACUGUGACUUUAAAACCAGCAUGGGAACUAGUGCUGAAUCUGCUGAUUCACUUAACCUUGCUGAGAUGGAGGCAUCAUUAGUAGAAGAUGAAGAGCAGAAAGCCCAACAGAUGAGUAAGGAAGAGAACAGGGGUGAUAGACACAUUAAAGAAAUAUCUUCACCGAGAAGCAAACAAGUUAAAUCUGAUACUGAUCUGAAUACAGGAAAGGGGCAGACCUCUGCAGGACAAAAGCAGUCAGUAACUCAAGUUAGCUCUUACUUGCCAUCUAACAUGUCUGAUCUUGAAUUUAAUGUUCUGGAAAACAGUAGGUCAGACGAAGAAGAUGAUUUUCUGGAAAAACUACAUGGCCCUAAUCAGUACAAAGACAUCAGUGAACUUGUAAUAAACAAACUCCCAGGAUAUACAAUGUAAUUAUAAGUUUUCACUAUCUGGAUUAAGAUACAAUAUUUGAACUUUGUAAAUCCUGUUACAUUUAGUUACACUAAAUUUAAGAUUUUAUCAUGUACAUUUAUUACCAGUGAAUUUAGUUAUGAGAUUUUUAAAAUAAAUUACUAUUUGAAUCUCUAACAAAUGGUGUCUACAACCUGACUUGAGUGUCAGUAUCUUAACACAAAAAUAAUCCAAAGAGCACAUGAAGCAUAAUUUCUGUCAAAGGAGAAAUUAAGACAGAAGCAGCAAAAGCAGCCAGUACCAACAAAAGUAGUCCAGGGUAGACGUAAUAUCAUGAUACCAGAACAGCCAAGUACAAAAUUCAUUCCUAACCAAACAGAAGGUUUUAUUCCUCCUGAAAAUUUCCAAGCUUCCUUUUCAUUAGAAUUAGUUACUUAGAACAUAUAGUCACAGCCAGUAGCAUCACAGAAUUUUAUCAGCUAGUCAGUAUAAAGAUGUGUUUGUUUCCCUUUUCCAUCACUAAAUACAGUAACCAGAACUGGAUGAGUCCUUUUAGAGUUUCUUAGGUUAAAGUUUCAUUUAAUUCAGAUUUUCACAAUUUAUUAUUGAAUAGUGUAAGAAUUAUUGGUGAUAGUGAAUCUGUAUAAUCUGGGCAAGCUUUAAGAGGUGGAUGGAAUUCA